GGCCCACCUGGUGAAGAGGGAACACCUGGAGACAAAGGAGAUGUUGGUGAUGAGGGAGAGCCAGGCGAGAAAGGAUCGACAGGAAAACCAGGAGAGGCAGGAAAUAAAGGGCCAGAGGGUGGGCGUGGCCAACCUGGACCCGAGGGCACAGCUGGAGAGCCUGGCCCAAGAGGCAUGCAAGGAGACGGCGGGGUACCUGGACUGCCUGGGGCACAGGGACGACCAGGCCGAGCACCCAUAGAUGAACACAUCAAGCAGGUCUGCAUGAGGGUUUUGCACGGACAGCUCGCCCAGUUGGCAGCCAGUCUGACGAGGCCCGAGUCGGGCAUCUCUGGGUUGCCAGGUCCUCCUGGUCCCCCCGGCCCUCCAGGGCCUGGUGGAGACAAUGGCUUCCCUGGGCAUCCUGGAAGCAGAGGACUGCCGGGUCUCAAAGGGCCCCUGGGGCUCAUAGGGAGGAAAGGGCCCAAAGGUGACCAAGGUGAUAGGGGAGAUAGAGGGCUCACAGUGGUGGGGUCUAAAGGAGUACCUGGACCCCCAGGGCUCCCAGGUGACCCUGGGAAACCAGCAUAUGGCAGCAAUGGGCGUGACGGUCUGAGAGGACCAGCAGGUGUUCCUGGAAUGCCAGGUGUGCCCGGCCCACCAGGUCCCCCCGGCCCUAACGGAUACUGCGAGUCAUCUCAGUGCGUGCUUCAAGCAGUUGCGAGUCCGAUAUCUGUCAAAGAGUCCAGCAUGAAGGGACCAGAUGGUCUAUGGGCUGACAGCCAUCAGUGAGCCACACAUCAGAGCCCAGCGUCUCUGGACAGGGAAACUUGAGAGACUUAGAGUGACUAACUCGACGAGGAGAUUUCUGCGUCAGUGGUAUAUGCAGGU